CGGCAACCACACCGUAGCCAAAACGACGAACCGCACACAUCAUUCUACAGUUGUGCACCACUGGUCGUAUCGGGUCGAUGACUCUUACUUGGAUUGUCUGCGCCGGAGGGGUUGCCGUCACCAUCUAUACGGCAUGGGCUAUUCUCGCCGAGAUCCGGCACCGAGUCCGGUCCCCGUUGCGCCAUCUCAAGGGUCCACCGAGUCCAAGCUGGUGCUACGGCAACUUCGGGCAGAUACUCACAGGCGACUCCGGAACCGUGCAAGACAGCUGGCACAAGCAAUAUGGUACCACAAUCAAGGUUCAUGGAGUGUUCAACAGUAAUCGACUGCAAACCAUCGACCCCCCGGCCUUGAACCACGUUCUGAGCCAUUCCUCCGAUUUCCAAAAGCCGGCUAUGGGGCGCUAUACCCUCGUCCGCAUAGUCGGCGAGGGUCUGCUCAUUGUCGAAGGCGACACGCACCGCCGCCAGCGCCGCGUCAUGAAUCCCGGCUUUGGACCGGCGCAGAUCCGCGAUCUCACUGGAAUCUUCCUUGAUAAGGCCGCGCAGUUGCGCGACGCGUGGCUUAGCGAGGCGAGGAAGCAGGGGGACGGUGAAUGGAUGAAGCUGGACGCGCUGUCGUGGUUAAGCCGAACGACGCUGGAUAUCAUCGGUCUCGCCGGCUUCGACUAUCGCUUCGACUCCCUCGAGGGUGGUAAACCCAACGAACUCAACCAGGCCAUGGCAACGAUGUUUGAUGUCACCGGUACUUGGCGCUUCUUCGCGGUCCUCCAGGCACGAAUCCCGAUUUUACGCUCGAUUCGGACCAGACGUGACCGCCAGAUCGCGUAUGCGCAGGCCACCAUGAAACGGAUUGGCUAUAGGUUGAUUGCCGAGAAGAAAGCAGCGAUACGUGCCGAGAAUCAUGGGGCUCGUGUUGAGAAGAGUGACGUCCGAGAUCGCGACCUCCUGAGUUUACUCGUGAAGGCGAGCAUGGCUGUUGACAUCCCAGAUGAUCAGAAAUUGAAUGACGAGGAGAUUCUUACACAGAUCCCCACGUUCAUGGUCGCCGGCCACGAGACGACCAGUACGGGCACAACGUGGGCCCUUUUCGCCCUGACCCAAAGCAAAGAUGUUCAAAGCAGGUUGCGUGAGGAACUUCUGGCCGUUCCUUCGGAGGCACCUACCAUGGACGAUCUUCAGGCGCUCCCUUAUCUUGACGCUGUUGUACAAGAGACGCUGCGAGUCUACGCACCUGUACCCGGCACGAUGCGAGUAGCUCAGCACGACGACGUUAUACCCUUGGGCGAGCCGGCUAUUGACAGACAUGGUACACCGCUAUCCGAACUUCGUGUUACUGCUGGUGAUCUCAUCUUUGUGCCUAUCGCGGCCAUCAACCAGGCUGGAAAGAUCUGGGGAGAGGAUGCUCAUGAGUUCAAGCCUGAACGUUGGUUGAAACCGCUCCCUGACACCGCAUCGAACAUACCAGGUGUAUGGGGACACCAACUCACCUUCCUCGGUGGCCCUCGAGCUUGUAUAGGAUACAGAUUCUCUCUGGUGGAGAUGAAGGCCCUACUGUUCAUCCUCGUCCGUGCAUUCACGUUCGAUCUUGCGGUCUCUGCCAGCGAUAUCCAGGCGAAGAUUACUGUCGUCAGUUGGCCAGCCGUCAUCAACUGCUGAUGUAUUCUGUAGUAAUUACAACGUUCUUUGUGACAC